AUGUCCAGGUCCGUCCUGGAGGCCCUGACCCUCUCCACUGCCAUGAAGUGUGCGCCCCCCGACGGCUGCUCCCUCUUCCUGCGCGGCAAGGCCUCUCUCACGCUGCACGAGGGCCUGCGGGGCCUGGAGGCCUGCUCCAUGAGCCUGGACACCCAGGAGACACAGUGCCAGAGCAUGCGGGUCCCCAGGGCCUCCCGCCGGCUGCAGGUGGGGCAGCAGCUCCAGGUGCACUUUGACUGCUUUGAGGUGAGCGUGGCCCAGAGCCUCUACGUCACCCUGAGGACUGUCCCCCACUUCUGCGGGGUCCAGCUGGACCAGCGGUACCGUGUGGAAGCUGGGAAGCUCUCCUACUCGGUGGACCGCAGCCGCAAGGUCGUUCUGGUACAGGUGCCAGAGUCAGGGGGCCCCGACUACUACGUGCGGCUCUGCCUCAAGUGGUUCACCUGCGAGGACGUGGGCGCCCCAGUGCGAGUGACAGCGAACGGGGUCUCCCGGAGGGUCUCUCUGCCCUACAAGCAAGAGUUGUCGUGCCUGUGCCUUGAGGGCUGGUCUGCGACGCCUGACGCCGUGCGGAUCCAGACCUGCCCCUUCGAAGAUGACACGGAGACACUGUGGGACGCCAUCCACUACCACCCGGGGAGCCAGGAGCUGAGUUGGGAGCCUGCCUGUCCCGUGAGUGGCCGUGUGAGUCUGUGCUGGCGCCCAGGGCCAGGGCCCCAGUGCCUGGAGCUGGAGCAGUCCAGCCGGCCUGCACACAGCAGGGUGCAGUACCCUUUUGUGGACCCCCAGCCCCAGCUCUGCCUGAAGUUCUCCACGAGCCUGGGCUUCCUGGUGAGGUGCCCUUUUGAGCAGCUGCGCUUCCCAGCCUGGAAGAUGACCGUCCAGCUGGCACCCGCUCCGGGCCACCUCCGGGCAGCCUUCUCGCCCAGCCCUGCCCGCUUCCAGGUGUGCCUGCGUCACCGAGGGAAGACGUGGCCCCCCGCGUGCCACCGGGUGCUCCAGGCCACCCCCACCCCUGCGGGUGACCCCACAGAGGACCCUGCGGUAGCCUUUGCGGACAUUCCUGGGGACCAGGCCUGCGCACCCGGCACCUGCAUCCAGGGCAGAAGGACCGACAUCCAGUUCUCCGCCCCCCAGCAGUUGUGCGACCUCCAGUGCGGUGAGCGCUGGGGCCAGGCCUCAGCCAGAGGGGGCAGGGAGGACAGGCCCUCGGGGGGCUGCAAGAGGCAAGGGCUGGACCCCAGACUGGCCCCUGGAGCCCCGUCUCCCAUGUCGGAGUGGAAGCGGAGCACACGGCACGGGAGACUGGGGCUCGGCAGGAAGGCGACAGAGGGGCCACCCGCCUUGGAAUCAGGCCCGGCCCCGCCCUCACUUGGGCGGUCAAGCCCGCCCCAGGGCCUCCAAGCGCUCGACCCCAAUCAGGGCUCUGGUUCCAACUGUGCAGGAACGCGAUGUCCCCAGCCCACACUUCGCCCAGCCAGCCACCGAUAA